AUGACUCCAAGACGACCAUUACAUCGACCACAUAUUCGAACAUGGCCACUCACAAUUACUACCACAGCAUUCGCUUGCAUGUUCAUUGUGUUCUCAAUCCUUGAAAUAACGAAUUCAUUGGUUCAUUCUUUCGAGUUGUUAAAAGUGCAGCAUCAUCAUCAUCAUUCGCCACAGCAACACCAUUUCGAAAAAUCAUUCCAUCAUGAUGAUAAUGACGAGCCACUACAUUUGGUCAUGAAUCAAGACUUCACGCCAUCCUUCCUUCGGAAUUUAGAUUCUAUUGAAAUACCAGAGAAUAUUCAACGAAAAUUAUCGCACCGAGAUUUGAAGUCUCUGUUACAGGAAAAUGAUGUACCCAUAGCAUCCUCGUUAUUUUCACAAGAUCGACACUCGAUUCGUUCAUUGAUCCAUCACGAGAAUGUGAACAUUUUUUCUUUUGAUUUUUUGAAUUGUCAAACUCCUUUAAACAACGACUUGAUCUUGAAUGUACAGACACCAACAUUGAUGGUAAGAAUGGUGAAUAGUCAAAGCUGGAUGAAGGAAUUGAGUCAAGAAAUUGGAGAAAUACCGAUGUCUCAACUGAAAAUUCCAGCCACACAUAACAGCGCUUCGUAUAAUGUGAGCUCAAAUCAAGAGUAUGGAGUUGAUGUGAAUUAUGACAGUUCCAUGAGUUUGAUUCCUCAAAUGGCAAAGCUAUUCAAAAUGUAUGGAGUGAAUCCAAUGAGAAUUAAGCAAUUUGUUGCUCCAUGGUUUAAAAAUCAAGAAUGUUCAAUUUUACAACAAUUGAAGCAUGGAAUUCGACAUUUGGAUCUUCGUUUAUGCAAAGUCGAGAAUAGUGAAACAAGAAAUAACAAAUUCUGGGCUUGCCAUGGGCUAUUGAGUGUCACUUUUUCCUCCAUUUUCGAACAAGUGAAACAAUUUCAUCUUGAGAACCCAUUUGAAGUCAUCACUCUUGACAUUAAUCAUAUAUAUGGAUUUACCUCUCAGAAGGAUCAUUUAGAAUUUUUAAACAUGACUAGUGAAAUAUUAGGAAUCGAUUCCGUGAUUGAUCCAUCGAAAUUCUCAACGAAUUCUACUCUCAAUUCUAUUUGGAAAGAAUCUUCGAGUUCAAGAAUAUUUCUAUUUUACAAUCAUCAAGAAACGACUAGAAAAUAUGCAUCUACAUACAAACUCUUUCCAAGUUCCUCACUCUCAACACCUUGGGCCAAUAAGCAACAAAUGCCAGCUCUGUAUUCUGAAAUAUUGACACAACUGAGAGCAAGAUCCAACUUGCAUCGAAGAUUUGUUUCACAAAUAUUGCUGACCCCCAAUUUAUCCAUGAUGGUCGAUGGCUUAUUUGAGAAACCGAAAUCUGUACGACAAUUAGCUGAAAUGAAUUAUGGAAGUAUUCCUGAGUGGAUUAAGGAUAACGCCCCUGGUUCAAAAUUGAAUGUUGUAAAUACAGAUUAUUACAAUUUGAAUGGAAGAAAGUUUAUCACACAAAUUAUAUCACAAAAUUUUAGCUAG